AUGCCAUCUGAUAAUAAUAAUUCGCAAUAUCCAUUCCCGAAUGAAGGAGGAGUUAAUCAAGUACACCGGCAUCAUUUUAUUCUUCGAGACGCGUGUCAAAGUAACGUUUCUGCAUCAUUAUUGAAAAAUCUGAUCUCUGAUGCUAAAAUUGGAUGUAAUGUGGGAUCAUGGAUUCUCGAGUUGGCAUCAGAGUAUCCAAGUUCCCAAUUUUACUGGAGUUUCGAAUUGCCCACCAGGAUUCUGAAACCUGGUGGGUUUAUUGAAUUAAAUGAAUUUGGAUAUGUCUUGAUAUGUUCGAUAAUGGAAGAAAUAUCAAAAGCUAAUCUUGUUGAGACCGACCAUUUCGAAAAGGAAUGCAAAUUUUGGGAUCAAGAAGGGAAAUUAGCUCUUAACAGUUACUUACAUGUAUAA